GCGACUACCUGAGAAAUAGACGUGUUUUCUUCAACGUUUCAUUUAAAUUAAAAGAGAGCGUGGCAUAAAAGAACCAAAUAUAAAAUUUUAAUAAUAAAAAUAAAUACAAAAAUUAUUAAAAUCAUUAUUAAAUAAAAGAAGUGUUAAUAAAAAGCAAACGAGUUUUUUUAAUAAUGAUUUAAGAAAAAAAUAUUAUCUCCGAAAUUUUUGUCAGAUACAAAAAGAAUUAAAAUAAUAAUUUUAAUAAUUUCUAAAGGUAAAAUUAAACAAGAAAAAUUAGUUUUUUUUUAAGAAGAAAAAAAAAUUAAUAAAAAACAAACAUUUCAAAACUGAAACCAGUAUUGUUUCGAAAACAUUGAAAGGUCACUUGUUUAAACGAUUUAGUUUCAGUUCAAUACAGUUAUUGAAUAUAAUGUUAAAAAAACAAACGAGAAUUAUUUAAAAUAUUAACCAAAAAAAUUUAUAUUUUUUGAGUGCUAAAAAAAAGAAGAAAACUAUAAAACCCAAAAAAAUAAGAAAAACCUGUAUUGUAUCUUAAAAAUUAUAAAAAUAAAGCUGCAAGAAGAGACCCUGUGUAACAUCAGCAAAAAUUAUAACAACAACCGCAGCAACAGCAGCCGCAGAAGCAGCAAACAACGUUCCAAAACAAACCCAUCAACCUUCGCAGAAUCUCACAUUUUAACCACUUUUUUGAGAUAUUUUUAUGUUGUUGUUAGUUUUUGCAAGUCGUCUAGUAUUUAAUGGAUACGUACGGUUUAAUAGUAAAACUACUGCUACACACUACGUUUACUUGCCACCAAUACCAUAUCACAGAGGCCAGCAACACUGACUGCAUAAAUAAACACAGAUACUAAAAGUAUCUCGAAUGUGUAUCCGCAUCUGUAUCUGUGUGUGUGUCUUCAACUAUAACAAUUUUUAAAAUGUUUGCAAACAUGAGAAUCGUGAUCUAAUAAACAUAAAUUUAAUAUUUUUUUAUUUCAAAACUGAAUAAAUUUCUAUAAAUAUCAAUAACUAAACAGCAACAAAUUUAAAAAAAAAGCCAAUUCAAAACAAUUUGAAUAAUUUUUUAAUUAGUUAAAAGUGAUGCUAUUUUUUAUAACCAAUUAAACGAAAAUUCCCCCAAAAAUUUACUUAAAAUAAAAGAGAAAUUUUUCCUACUUUUAACUAAAGGAAGUUAUUCAGUCAUCGUCUAAAAAAAAUACAUACAUGCCCAAAAAAAGAAAGUUAGUUUUUUAUUAAAUAUUCAUAAUUUUCGGUGCAAAAAAAGUUAAAUCAUCCCAUAAAAACAUAUUUAUAAAAAAAGCUACAACAACAACAAAACCUCUACUACUCCCUAUUUAAGCGCUACAAACCAGAAGAAGUUUUUUUUUUACAAAAAACACAAUAACAACUGCCAGACUUGUUUUUUUCUGUUUUUUGCGAAAAAAACGUAAAAAAAGAAAACAAUAUUUCGAAUAUUCGUUCUUUUUCCGCUUCUCCGUAUUUUUGUUUAUCUUCUUUAACAAUAUACUACAACUGCCAACAAUAACAACAGCAGCAACACAACACAACACAAGUCUAAAAGAUCACUAGAACACGUUCUUAGAAGUUUAAAGAACAUUAGUAAUAGAAACAUCAUUAUCACUGUAAAAUGGGUACAAAAAUCGAAUAUGUCGAUACAACACAUCUGUAUGCCACCAAAUAUAUACGCAACUCCAAAGCGAUUGCGGUACUCUGGGCCAUAUUUACAAUUUGUUAUGCCAUCAUUGGAAUUGUGGCAUUUGUGACACCAGAAUGGGUAGGUGAUCCCGAUAAUGAAAGUGCCGGUCGUUUAGGUCUGUGGCAAGUGUGUCAAAAAGAUGAGAUAUUCGAUAAUUGUAAAAGAAGAUGGGAAACCAUAUUAACGGUGCCAACAUUUUCAUUUCAAUUGGCCACAUUAUUUAUGGCGGCAUCCGUUGUUUUGGCCUUAUUGACAAUAUGUUUUCUAAUAUUUGUUAUAUUCAUGAAAUCGACACGAGUCUUUCAUAUUUGUGGUUGGUUGCAAAUAAUAUCGGCUCUCUGCAUGAUUAUUGCCUGUGGUGCUUUUCCCUUCGGUUGGAAUUCGGACGAUUUUCGUAAAAUAUGUGGACCAGAUGCAAAUCGUUUUGAAUUGGGUUUAUGUGGCAUUAGAUGGGCUUAUCCUUUGGCCAUAAUUGGCUGCAUAGAUGGUGUGGUACUAGCUACAUUGGCAUUUAUAUUAGCCACCCGACAUGUGCGUUUACAACCAGAUCCCCUAUAUCAAAAUUCUUUAUAUAAAGGUGAAAUCAACAACAGUUACAUUACCGAUGCUGUAAGUUUAGCUGGUUCUCGCAAAAAUCUCAAUCUACAACCUAUACUCUUGGUGGCUCCACCAGGUGAUGAUACCAUUUCACAAUUUUCAAGUAGAACACCGAAUCAUCGAUACAACCGACCGGAUUAUCACAAUUCAAUGCAUCAGUUCUAGUAGCCCUCUAGAGAUAGAAUAAGUAGUUUCUAGUUUUAAAAUUAAAUAAACAAAUAACAACUGCCUAUUCUUGCAAUACCUUGUAAUGUAAUGUUAUUACAUACUUUAAUUGUAGAAGUAUUUUUUUUUGUAUAAGUGUUGUAACAUUUUGGACUGUUAUUUAACUUUAAAACGUUUUUAUAUACUUUAAUGUAUGUACCUAUUUAUGUACUAUAUUAUAUGUUUUUGUGUGUAUUUAUGAUUAAUAUGUUUAUUUUUUCUGUUUUAUGUAAAGUGUAAAAUUUUUUUGUGUAUUUUAAUGAACAAAUUUUAUUAAGUAUAAUUGUGUGUAAAAGUACGAAUAAAUUUUUAAAAAAUACAAUGUAAUCAAUAAUAAUUUAGUAAGUUAAUGAAUAAAUUAUUUUUAAAAUAUUA